CCCCAAGGCGACUUGAUGGCGACCGACGACGGGCAGCAGCCGACGACAUGCAUUGUUGUGGGCAUGGCCGGUUCUGGCAAGACAACCCUUCUUCAGAGAAUCAAUGCGUAUAUGCAUGAGAAGGAGGUCGAUGGGUACAUGAUCAAUCUGGAUCCGGCCGUGGCCAACGUUCCCUAUGGCGUCAACAUUGAUAUCCGUGAUACGGUCAACUACAAAGAGGUGAUGAAGCAGUAUGGUCUCGGUCCUAACGGAGGCAUUCUUACCUCGCUCAAUCUCUUUGCCACUAGGUUUGAUCAGGUGCUUUCGUUCCUCGAGUCGAAGGAGAAGCUCGAGAAUGUGUUCAUCGACACGCCGGGGCAGAUCGAGGUCUUCACCUGGUCGGCCUCGGGCUCUAUCAUCACCACUACCCUCGCGGCUUCAUUCCCCACGGUCCUGCUGUAUGUGGUGGACACGCCGCGGACGGUGGCGCCGGCAACGUUCAUGUCCAACAUGCUUUACGCCUGCUCCAUCCUGUACAAGUCCAAGCUCCCGUUUGUGAUGGCGUUCAACAAGGCCGACAUUGUCGACGCCGAGAAGCCGAUCUCGUGGAUGACCGACUUUGAGGCCUUCCAGGAGGAGCUCCUUGCCCACGAGUCGAUGUCGUCGGAGCUUGUUCGCUCCAUGUCGCUGGUGCUGGAGGAGUUCUACAACCACUUUACCGCCGUCGGCGUCUCGGCCGUCACUGGGGAGGGCAUGCCCGAGCUGUUCGAGGCCCUUGCCGCCGCCCGUGCCGAGUACUACGCCGACUACAAGCCCGCGCUCGACAAGACCAUUGCCGAGCGAGCCGCUGCCUCUGCUGACGAGCGCGCCGCCGCCCUUGCCCGCCUCAAGACCGACAUCGAGGCCGCCGACGGUCUCGACCGCGCCGAUCCGGCCACGCUUGCUGCUGACGCCUCCCCCGAUGUCACACCACCGGCCGUCUCCAUGUCCUACGCUCAGGCUGCACAAGCUGCACAGGCUACCCAGCCGCGGCGUGUCGCCACCCCCACCGUCGACGACAAUGCCGACGAUCUCGAGAUGCCCGGCUAGUAUUGAACAACUUCCCCCCCCCCC